AUGUCUGUCCUCCGCAACAGCCGGACUGCCUCGGUGCAGGUCCGUGGAUUUGCUACCUCCUCCAGCCUUCGAGUCGGACCCGAAUCACCUCAUUUCAUCGAUGUCCCCAAGAUCGUUCAACCCUCAAACCCUACCAGACCUCAUGUCCGGGGUACACUCCCUGUGCCCCGCGAGCUGUUCCCAGCCCGUCGGACAGACAAGCCCAAGAAAGCAUACCUCGAUGCGGCCACACCCGCUCCCCAGUCGGAGCGAACAGUGAACCCCCGAAGCAGUGACCCUGCAAAGCAAGAAUGGAGGCACAAGAUGGCCGAGCUGCGCCGACAAAACUUGCGCGAGGGUCUCCGGGACUUGUACGCGCGCAAGCGUAACACACAAGGAAGGAUGAUCAGCCGCAGUCAUGAGGCCCAGAGCCGACGGGAGCGCAUUCUCCAACAACCCGAGCGUGAGGACGAGCGCCUUACCCGCCCUUCGACCAUUGCUGCCAUGUUGCCUCAGAAGCAGCCGAUUCUGCCUGACCCCAACCGCGAGCAGCGCAUUGCGCUGUCCCAGGCCCGCAUGGCAGCCAAGAAGGCUCAGAAGGAGUCAGUUCGCCAAGCAGACCUUCAGCUCUUGUACAUGAAUGCUCGCUCUUUCAUCACCACCGAGGAGCAACUUGCUGCCGAGAUCGACCGUGUCUUCCCCGAGGGUGAGAACAAGGCUUGGCGCAACGACCACCAGCCCGGCGAGAACGUCUGGAACCUGGGUAACCCUCCUACUGUCAACAACCUUGUCAACCAGACCCACAGGAAUGAGGGUGCUCGCUGGGACAUCAUGCAGGAACGUGUCAAGCAGCUCGGAGAGCAAAUCACUGGUGGUAAGAUUUAA